UUGAUGUCACUAGUGUACACUAGUGCAGAAAAUUCGGCAAUAAAAAACAAAUCUUUAAUUUCAUGCAUUGGAUUAUUCGAUUCCAAAGGAUUAAAUUAUUAUUUAUGUUUUUGUAAUUGAUUGUAGUAUCAAAGAAUGAGAGUGAUUUGUGAUCGACAUAGAUGAUGAAUCUAACAAAAUCGCGAUUCUGAAGAGGCUAUGAAGUAGCCUACAGUAAUCUGGUAAUAUGUUUCACUGUCCACUCUCGAACAGAAUUGCGAUAUGCCAAGAAUAUCGUUUGUGCAAGUGGCUUGAUUCAACUACUUCCUCUUCGUGCGACGAUAAUAUGUACAGGAAACCAAAAUUGUGAAUCACUGAAUAUAAUUAGAUCAUAAGCGAGAUAUUCGCAAAGUUAUCCUACAAUUUUUCACGACUGAAUAGAUAUAAGUGUUCUACGAUUAUAUCAUAGAAAUUUAGCGGAUUCGAGCCGGUAACAAAUGUACUCGCCAAGAGAAAAAGUUUUUUGGUUCGCAAUUACCAGCAGAAUCGCCAUAUUGUUAUUGCAACUUGUUUCUAACGCAUCAAUUCCAGAUCAUGAUGCAGAUGCGUUCAAAAGACCUUUGAAUUUUGCGGAGAAAGCUUCGCAGUGGGAUCAAAUAGUUCAUUUUUUAUUUAGUGGCCUUACGCGUUGGGAUGGAGAAUACUUUUUACAUAUCGCGAGAGAAGGAUACACGUACGAGAAUACUAUCGCUUUUUACCCGGUGUAUCCACUUAUUAUUCGCACUGUCGCCGUUACUUUGAAGCUAAUAAUUCCUGAAUUCUUUUUAAACAGAGAAAGCACGCUGAUGAUCGCUGCGAUGUUAAUUAAUUUCGUAUGUUUUGUAAAAGCGGCUGUUACUUUGUACGAUCUGACUGAAUACGUAUUUUCGAAUACUGUAACAGCGUAUAAAGCAGCGAUACUUUAUUGCGUAAAUCCAGCCAGCAUAUUUUUCUCAGCUGUUUAUUCGGAGUCCAUGUUUGCGUAUUUAACAUUUUACACCAUGCUCGCGAGCAUCAAGUGUGCGCCUACCAUUUAUAUUCCACUGGCUUUGUCGAUUGGAGUGAGAUCCAACGGUAUUAUUAAUCUUGGCUUUCCAGUGUAUUUCGGACUUAAAGAUUCUGCGUCAAAACGAAUAAAUAAUUAUCAACAAAACUAUGGUAUAUUAUCAAUCUUGUGGCAUAUUUUAAAACUAAUUACGUUAAAGAACUUCUUCGUCAUAUUAAUCGCGAUAAUCGUAUCACUAUUUCAAUUCGCCCUUAUACAAGUAUACAAUUAUAUGAAAUUUUGUAUUGCUACGUUCAACAAAUCACCAUUGCCGGAAUAUGUUUUACGAUAUGCCACGGAAAAUGAUCUAGUCCUAGCAGGUUCGAUACACUCAGCAUGGUGCAAUGACAGUCUGCCUCUUGCAUAUCCAUAUGUGCAAAAAACAUACUGGAAUAUUGGAUUUUUUAAGUAUUACCAAUUCAAACAGAUACCAAAUUUUAUUUUAGCCCUCCCGAUAUUGUACAUUAUGUUGCGGUGUAUAAAAGAAUUUGCUUGUGAAUAUAAGAAUGAAUUGUGUCUAUUAGGAUUAUUUGAAAAUAAUGAAACAGCAAGCAAAAGUAAAAUAAAGAAAUACCCAUUAAAUAUGUUUUCCUUUGUAGCGCAUGGGUUAUUUCUAACUUUGUUUUGCUUAUUUUUCAUGCACAUUCAAGUCAGCACACGUUUUUUAGCUUCUGCAAGUCCUUUGAUAUAUUGGCAUUGUGCUUUGAUUAUGUCUCAUAAAUAUAGCGAUCAACUUCAUUUAUAUGAAAGCGAACAGAAUGUGCACUCCAAGUGGAAAGUAUUUUUCUUAUCGCAAGAACAAUAUACGUUACAAGAUAAGCUUGUAUUAUUUUAUUUUAUAGGAUAUACAAUUGUAGGAUGUUUCAUGUUUCCAAAUUUCCUGCCUUGGACUUAAUAUAUUACAUUCUGUAAAUAUGUAUGUGCCUUUUUUAUUAAAAAUAUUUUUUGGACACAUUCAUACUACAUCUAUUUAUUAAACUUCUUGUAAAUAAAGAAUGGAUAUACUUAAAGACUUGUAAAUAGAAUAAAAUAUUAAUUUUAUUUUUAGGUAUGUUAAAAAUAUACGAACGGAGUUCCUACAAACAGUUAUAUGUGU